ACGCCGCACGCCGCACGCCCCGGCAGGGCCGCCUCUGCUCCGAUCAUAAGCAUCCUAUGCUAUUCUGCUCAAGAUGGCGGUGCAGGCAGCGGAAAAGGACGGAAUAUCACCGGCGUUGAAGAACGUGGAGGACGAGCACCUGAACGACUCGCUGGGGAACCCCGGCCUCAUCUCACCUGACAAGGAGGAUCUGUCACGUCUCCUGACGGUGCCGUUCAGCGGGCGCAUCCGGGGCGGCAUGCGGCCAGGGAAGAAGAUCAUAGUGAUGGGCAUUGUCGACCUGGAGCCAGACAGCUUCAACAUGAGCCUGACCUGCGGCCGUGACUCGGAGAAGGAGGAGGCGCCGCACGACGUGGCCCUGAAACUCACCGCCCGCUUCAGCGACCGCCAGUUUCUGCGCAGUGCCCGCGUGUCUGGGAAAUGGACUGAGGAGGAGGCGUCCACCGCCUACUUUCCCUUCAUCCCCGAUCAGCCUUUUAGGGUUGAGAUCCACUGCGAGCACCAGAGGUUCCGGAUAUUCGUGGACGGACACCAGCUGUUUGACUUUUAUCACAAAGUAAAAUCUUUGCCCUCUAUCGACACAGUACGGAUACAAGGAGAUCUACAGAUCACCAAGCUCGGUUAACUGACCCCACUCCUUCCUGCUCUGCGAGUCAUGUGUGAAGGAGGGACUUGAUCACAGAUGACCACACACGCACACACACACACACACAUGCACAAACACACACACACGCGUGCGCGCCUGUUAUGUCAUCAUCCGUAACCCGUCAUGCAACACUGCAGCAACAUAGCAACUCGAAAAAGGCUCCGGCAGUGACAAGUUAGAGAUCCUCUGCUUAAUUUCAUUCACCUCUUCCCAUUCAAAGAGAAUCCGAUAUGAUGAUGCUUUGUGGGUGAAUGUGUUUGCUCCAUUUUCAGGUACUUUUUUUUUUUUUUUUUUUUCUUUGUAGCCUCGGUUCUGUCUGAUCAGGGAUCUCACAGCUUAUUAAUAGUGAAUUCAUUUUUUACGUUGAAACCUUUUGGGGAUACUGAGAUAUAGAGGCAGGUGUGGAAUACUUUCCCAAGGACGGAAGGAUAGGUCAGAUGUUACAGGGAACAUGUUACUCAGGAAAAUAUAUCUGGAAACUUAGCAGCUAAGAUGGAGGCAAACCCUGGCCUACGAGUGGAAAAUCUCCAAAUUUCCUGACUGAUUGAAUGUUUUAACUUAAAUUGAGGGAAAUUUUCCAACCUGUGGGCGCCAAAAGAAAAAGAUUCCAAAAUUUUGUGGAUAAACUGGAAAAUGAAUGUUGGUCAAGCUUUCUUUUCCAACCAAGAACGGAGACAGAUGCGCUGUAAAUCUCUGCGGUACUGAACCUGAGCAGUGUUUCUAGAUGUUUAGUCUGAGCCUUGACCAAAUCCCACAAGGGCAGAGACAUGAUUUUUUUUUUACAUCAGAACGAACUGGUUUAAAGCAAAAUGUGGCAGGUUGUCUGACACCUUCGGAUUUGACUUCACUCGGCCCAGCUAGGUGUGUAUCAACUGCGGCAGUAAUCUACUAACAGUCAGUUCUCUGAUCACAACAGAGAGCAGCGUAACACCCUCUCCCCGCGCUGAGGCAUCUCCAACCCCGUAGGCGCUCUCCCCUGCACUCCCUUGGGUUUGUUCCAGUUGCCAUGGUAACGCGCUGCAGUCUCACCGACCUACAUACCCGAAAACGGGGAUUAUAUCACGAUCGAGACGUAGCAGAAAUCGUCCCGUGCUGCACGCUGCGUUUGUGGGUAGUUUGCACUCAUUUUGGCGAUCACCGCAGCUGUUCUCCUGUGGGUG